AUGUUGAACUCUGCGGUGCUCCUCUCGCGGUCUGCGUGGAAAGGCCCUUUCUUUGUGCCUUUCCCGAACCUGCAGCAGGCGCUGAAAAACAAUACCCCUAUCCGUACCAACGCGCGGAGUUGCACGAUCCUGCCAAACUUUGUUGGUAGGCUCAAGUUCCUUGUUCACAACGGCAAGCACCACAUCCCUGUGUCGGUCACGGAAGAGAUGGUUGGUCAUAAGCUUGGCGAGUUUGCAUCCACACGCAAGCGCUUCAGCUACCGGAACGAGUGGCGCUUUCCGGUAGGCACGGUUGUCUAG